GGACUUGUAGAUUCAUAUUAGGGUAGCCUGAAUUUUUAACCAUUUCUUUAGCCUAAAUUUACAAGUAUACUUUCUAUUUAUCUCCUACUUAAUAGCCGAAGUGAAAAUUUUGGCCAACCAAAGCUUAAAUAGAAGCUUAUGUGGUAUUGAAGGAUUGAAUGUAAAAAAAUGUACGAUGAUGCAACGGAAAUAAAUACUAUAUGGGAUAUUUGUAAAUACAUGAUAAAAAAGUGAGCAUGGGGCAUAAAUCAAAAUCAUAACCGACGGAUAACGUCCUUUUCCUGCAUAUCACCAAGAUAACAACCAUCACCCCAUUAAUGUUCCAUAUUUUAUUUAGAAAUAGAGUAGAGCUACUCUCUACGUAUUAAUAUAUUCAAAUGUUUUGGGCUACACGCAUAGCAAAUUUGCGUGCAAUUGACCAAUUGUGAUUGCUUGCUUCACAAGCUCAACUUGUAGGCAUCUCUCAUUACAUUACUCUAUUUAACCAAAAAAACUACUUCCAAAACAAUCCAUCAUUGCAUCAAGCGUGCAAGAAACAGAAACGAGAAUGAAGAGACAAGGUCGCCAGCAUGGGAUGGUCCGAACCUAUCCGAUCUCAUCGGAGCCGUGGAGCUCUGGCCGCAAGCAGAGAGGCCUCGAUGAGCUGGCCUCCCCCCCGACGGCUGGCCUCUUCAGCAAGGUCUCCUCCAAGCCCACCAACCACUCCAAGUUCACGGGCAAGUGCGGCCGCUCCAAGUGUCAUGAUUGCCACAUCCAUCCGGCUUCCAAGUCUAAGGACAAGGCCAAGGGAGCUCUGAAGAUGCGUUCGUCCUCUGAUGUCGUGUCCAGCUACAGACUGAUCACGUGGAGGGUGGUGGAUUCUGCAUCCGGCUUCAAGGUCUCAGGGUUCUCUGCAACGGGCGUUUUGGAUUAUUUGGAUCGCGUGGAUGAUUAUGAUUAUGACUAUGAAGGUCAGGAUAGUGAUCAUGAUCAUGUUGGUUUUGAUGGAUGUUAUGAUCAUGAUCAUGAUUUGAGAUCUUAUGAUGAUGAGAUGAAAUCCCAUGGUGUGGAGAUUGAAGAAAUUGAUGGCUGUGAUGAUAGCAAUGAUGGGGCUGAUGAUGAUGAUGAUGAUCGAAUGAGUUUUUGUGAAGUGGGAUUUGUUUGGGAAGCUGUGGAGGGAGAUGAAAGUUGGUGUUUGGUGGAAGAAAUUUGAUUUAUUAUUACAUGAAAUGUGUAAAUUGUACUAAUUUAAUCCAACUUCCAUCUGUUUAUAUAUUUCCUUUAUUGGAUUGACUGCCAAAAAUUAUUGGGCAACUGCUAAUAAAAUUAUGAUUUAAGCA